AAUUUUAAACGAAUGACUGGCGCACAAGACUACACCCAACAUCUGCUACAUGCUACGUCAACAACUUUCACUGCUGCUGAUCGGUGAUUUCGUGACGAACGGACAAGUCACAUCUUCAAGCCAGCGCGCGCCGGAGCGCCGGGGGAAGUAACUCGGACCUUCCCGCUCUCGUUGUCGAUUCAUUUCGGCACCGUGUCACUUUUGCUGCCGUACUGCUGGAGCCCGCUGUUGCAAGUGCAUCAUCGCUGCUGGAGGAGAAAUGGUUUAACUAUUUUGUGGAUACUCUCUAAUACCUUGCGUCUUGCCAUUUUUCUCAAGGAGCCACAUGCAACCGGGUUGCAUCAUGGCACAGAUAAGAUCAAUAUCAUCAUUGUUUGCUUUCAUCUUCAUAAACUGUCAAUUGUGGCGGUCGGUGGAUUCUCAGCUCUAUGCACAUCUCGGGGACUCGUUUCUAGAGCAAGAAGUCACGUAUGACGAACUCUACCAAAGCGGUAUGCAAUCCUACACCAACGAGGACUGGGCCUCAACGAUAUUCUUUUUCGAGAGGGCUCUCCAGGAAUUUGACUAUUAUCGAGCAAGUUUAACAGAAUGUAGAUUAAAGUGUCAAAAUGUUUCGCAUAUUACGUCAUCGGGCACCGACGCGCUUUCGGAAUUAAAAGUUUUUGAAGCAGUUUUUAAAAAGGCGGAUUGCACGCGGAGAUGCAAGUUGGAUAAACUCGGAGGGAGGAGUGAUCGGAUAGACGAUGCGGUGACCGAUAAGUUUUUGAGCAUGACACCGUAUAGCUACCUCCAGUUUGCUUAUUAUAAAAGUGGUCUAUAUGAGCAAGCUGUGGCCGCAGCAUAUACUUACAUUCAGUGGCAUUCAGAUGACGAUGUUAUGCAGAAUAACUUGGAUUAUUACAGGAAUAUGCAUGGGAUAGACGAUAGCCAGUUGGUCAAUUUAGAAGAAAAACCUCACCAUAAAUAUUUUUUAGAGGGAUAUCAAGCCCAUCACGAUGAAAAGUGGCAUGAAGUAAUUAAAAACAUGGAACUGGCACUGACGGAGUACUGGAAAGCCGAUACUCAGUGCAGAGCCCUUUGUGAGGGAAAGUACGACAAUCGGGAAUUCAUGGACCUAUAUGAGGCUAUUGCAUAUCAUUAUGCGUCAACUUUAUAUUGCAAGAACCAAUGUGAAAGCUGGCUUUCUCGGAUCAAUAGUAAGCUUGUGGAUGAUUAUCUUGCAAGUCACUACCAUUUCCUGCAAUUUGCAUAUUAUAAAGUCGACGAUGUCCAGAAUGCUGUGAAGAGCGCCCUCUCGUUUCUCCUCCUCCUCCCUGAGGACGAGGUGAUGCUUCAGAACAUUGCCUUCUACAAAAGCAUGAAAGACGCCGACCUGGAGUUCGUCCCGAGGACUGACGUGUCCCGGUACCGCCGCCUCGUCGAGAUGGAAAACAAGAUGCUGGAAUUCGCCAAAAAGAACUUCUGGGAGGAGGACGCUGAAGAGGUAAUAAAACGUUGGGACGGGAUGUUAAAUAAGUUUGAUGUUGAUGAGGGGUAUGAGGGGGAUGAAGAUGAUGAUGAGCAGGAGGAUUUGGAGCCGGUGGAGGAUGAGGUGGAGUUGGACGGGGAGGACGGGAGGGAGGAGUUUCUGCGGAAGCACGGGUACAAGAGCAAGAACGACCUCGGCAGGAAAGACAUCUUCCUCAAGGCGGAACACGUUUUGAAUGACGCGAAGAAGUACGCGGAAGAAGCGAGGCGGUACCGGCAGAUCGUCCAGGGGAUCGACCGGCCCAAGGCACAGCUUUUGAAGAACGUUCUGGGGAACGGUCUCGGGUCGGGGCCCGUGAAAGAGACCAAUGACACCAAAGAAGGCAUUGAGGAUGAGGAAAGGGGAGCAGAAAUGCCACUCCCUGGCCCAAUGGAGAGAAGUGAUAUACCCUUGGAUGUGGCAUCUGCUUCUGCAACGCUUCAGGAUCACUAGAGUCAUUCCAGUCCCUUCCUCUUUCCUUUGAUGUUGAAUGCAUUAUCAUCUGUAACUCUCAUGGGGAUUUCUUUAUUACAAGGUUUUAACUCCUGAAUAGUGAGAAGCAUUACAAUUAAUAACUGAGAAUUUCACAUAGGUGGAGCACGGCCACAAAGUUAUCCCACUCAUAAACGGUUUUUGACCUCGGCUUCUUGCACUCUGACCGUUUCAUGAAAUUCAUGAAUUGAUAAUCACAUGCACGGUGUCCGAUUCCCCAUGAAAGCUGUUGAUGAUGUCGCUUUGAAACAAUUGAAUAUCAAGCACUUAUUCUGUAUUCCGGAUGUAAGAAUAAUGUACAAGAAGUUUAAAAUUUCUUGGUUUUAUAAUUUACAGGACAAAGAAAUAAUGCUGAAAUUGUUACCCUUCAAUCAUCUGAAAUAGGGUCGAUGUGGGGGGGAGGGGGAAAGGGGCAGAGUUUAAGGUGCACUUAAUCAACAUCUGAUGCAGGUGCUUAACAAAGAAACAGCACCUCUGUCAAGUUGUGAUUCUUGUAGCCUGUUUGGUUUUUCAGGAGAAUGAAUUUCAACAUUUUUUUAUUCUUAUUUAUUAUUAUUAUUUUUUUAUAUCCUUUUUAUUUUCUCCCAUCCCAUUAAAAAUAUUAAAUAAAUUGCCUUUCUGCCCCCUUGCCACCCCAAAAAAGUUAAAAUUGUUUGGGUCUACUCAUUUUGUGUGCUACUGCUGGAAUAAACAGCUGUUUUGUUUUGUAAACAACAUCUGUUUUGUUUUGUUAACAAUUUACUUUGGUGCUAACUUACUUUAUGUCUCUCAGUAGCGUCUUUUCUCAUCUUUUCUCAUUCGACCUGUCAAUUUCCUCAUAAAGGAAGAAAUAAUUAGGGAUUUGUGUUCCUUAUCCUUUUAAAAGUAUUUUUGUUGUUGAUUAUUUUCAACAAAUCCUUAAUUUCAUUGAUAUUUUAACUUUUCUGAAAGGAUUUGAUGAUGAUUUGGAAUUGAAUUCCACUGCCAGUGAAUGGCAGGAGGCCUGUGUCUUUAAAUUUUAUUCUGAGUUUUCAACCCAUUUUAUACAUGUACUAAAUAGUCUAUUUCCCUCAAAAUGCUAGCAAUGCUGGUUUGAUAAUUGUCUGUAUGUACGGUAGUACAUCAUGCAUAAUUAUAUCACAGAGAUUCCACCCAAUAUCUAUCUGAUUUUUUGGGUGAUUUCCAAGGCAGAUUUGUAGUAUAAACUAUUCAUGUCUGUUCUGGUGGAACUCUGGUGAAACUUGCCUGAAGUUCGGGCCAACACAUAGCUUUCUGGAUUUGAGAUCAAGUUGGUUUGAUUAAGGUUUUAUUUUAUUUAAAAUGCUUGUUCUCGUCGAAAAACUGGAUUUGUAAAGUUCUUCCAAAACACACAAUGCUACUCUGAGAUUUAGUGGAUUCCAGUAGAGCCUAAACAUCUUCAUUUACUUUGCCUGGGUUUAGAGUGGCAGAUGUAGAUUAAUGCCUGGCCAAGGGAAGCCAAUGUUGUGAGAUCCUACACUUCUACUUCUAAAGGUUCCAUUUUUCACUGAUUUGCAGCUCCUCCUUUAUUUGUUUUAUAACCUUUGGGCUAUGGGGCACAAACACAAUUUGAAAGUUUUCCAAAAAAAAAGGAACAUUGGGGGGGGGGGGGCUACAUUGAUAUUUUCCCCAUAGUUAUAGGUCUAUUUUUUUCAACUAUGUAGGUUAUAUUUUUUAAAGGGCAAACCUGCAAAAGGGCUUUGCCCUGAUUGUCAUAUUAAUCAAGCUCUGUUGCACUUGUGGGUCAAACUUUCCUAAUUCAAGUGCAAAAUGCAGCGAAGUCAAAUGGGCAAUAUCUAGUCACCUGACUGGCAGCCUAAUCGGUCACCUGACCUGUUGCCUGAUAGGUCACCUGACCUUGGGAUAGUUGUAUUGAUUUUGUAAUUGCUUUCGUGCAUUUGACCUGUUUCUACGGUGGAUAUUAACUAAAGGGUUAAUUCUUUGUUGAUAUCGCUAUGAUUUUAACACAGAGCAACUUUGAUAGUAAAUCUAUUUAAGAUGUGAUCGUACACAGUCUGCUGUCAUAGCUUGUACUGUACGUGGGCAAAUGGAAGGCUGAAUGUUCAACAUUUGUACCGUUGCACACAUACCGUGCAAAAAGUACCGUCGCACAGCUAGUAGGUGACGUCACAAUUCAUGGCGCUCUUAAUGCAAGUACAAUGUGCGUAGGGCUUACUGGCAAAAUGCGCACUGCUGCUGCCGAUGAUGCACGCAUGAAGGACUUUGCCGUUUACUUUCAAUAAUUCUUUCCUCUUUCCAUAGAUUAACGGGGAAAAAUAAUUAGUGGUCAUAUUUUCGCUAACAUCUGAGGUGUUGUAGAAGACAAAAAAUUAAUAAUAUUCUUAUCCUAGCAAUUGCAUGACAUUUUGCAUUCGGUGAAUUAAAGAAAGACACCCUGUUCAACUUGGCUAUGCCUGUUGAAUAGAGCAUUGUUUUUUAUCAAGUCGUGUGAAAUCUUGUACCAUAAGAAACACUCCUGCCUACCAUUCGCUGUACUGACUCAUGACCACGGUAGGUCAUCCUGUACUGUAUGUACAUAACUCCAAAUUUUCCCAGAAUCUGAUGAAAUUUCCUGGCUGUAUUAAUUAAGUUCGGGACGGCUACAAUUGGGAAAUAGAGAACUUUCAUCAGUUAGGGUGGAAAUGACCCUGUGGUUUCAUUGACAGUAUCAAAGUCCACUACUUCUGCAAUCAUGCUAGAUUUAAUCUGUCAUCUGCAGGGUUUUUGCCCUUGAUCAGUCCCAAGGAAGCUCAGUUUACAUGAGAUUGCCUUUUAGUUUAUUUCAAUAUUCAUUUGUUAUUAUAUUUGAAUGAAAACUACUAGGAAACUAGCAAAGUGAUUUCCUCAUUGCCAUUUUUUUGCUAAUUCUUUGCUAUCAGUGAAGCAAAUACACCUUGGCAAAAGCCAGUCCCGCAGGAUUUCCCCUCAGGAAUCCCGCAAGCAGCUUUUGAUUUAUACAAAUCCUCGUUUCAUCAUACUGGGGAAUGCAGGAUUGGCUGCAAUGAAAAGCUGCAUACACAUUGCAUCAUUAUGGCUGGAUUCCUGUUGGAAGACGCAGCAUAUACUUUUGGCAUCCCGUUCUGCAAAAUGUCAACGAUACAAUGAUAUGGAAGACUACAAAUAGUGGAAGCAGUUGCUCCCUGUACACUCCAGUCAUGCCUUUGUAGCACUUGGUUAACUAACUUUUCGGGGUCAAAAUAAGGCAUCCUUGCUUGUGAAAUCAAGUCGUAAACUAUAAUCAAAUGAAGUCCAAAGGACCAAUUUAAAGUUAAAGUGGAUAGCCCAUUCGUGUGAACCUUCCUAAGGUAUCAUUUACAAGGAUAUUUGACCUUCAAAUGCUUCCUGGUAGGGUGACCAGAAACAUCAGAAGUCAAUUUCCCCACUUGCCGUUACCAUGGAAACAAUUAGGAAGUCCAUCAACCUGUUGCACUCAAACCUGUUAUAGUACACCUAGUCUGCAUACAAGACUUCAGUUUGCAUUGAGGGUGACCAUGACCCCCUGUGGACAAAUCUUGAUUGUAGGCAGGAAAGUGCAUAAAUGCAGAGUCUGAAUAUAUAGUCUAGACUCAUCCAUGUAUUUUGGCUACUUAUUUGACACCUUGUUGCUGUUUUUUUUUCAUUGUAUGGACUACCAUUCAAGUGUAAAAUUUUUAUGACGGAGGAUUUGGAGUGAGUAUCCACCCUAGACAAUAAUGUGUUAAAGUGAAAAUUUGAGUCUGUGCCUGCAGUCUUGUUUCCUCCCUGGACAAUUAUAGUUUGUUAUAAAGUGUAAAAUUUGAGUCUGUGCUUGUAGACUAAUCUAUAUUAAAUAGAUAUCCAGCUGUUUUGAUAAAUGUAGAGAUGAAAUCUUGUGCAAUUAUAUGAAAUUUGCAGGUUUAUGUGGGCUUAAACGUGUGGUGAGAAUCCCAAGUGAAAAUAUCCAAUGGGGGAAAUACAUGUCAUAAGUGUCUGUUUAGGAACGCAAUUCUGCCAUGAAUACUGAGAACAUUUGAUUUUUUAAUGUCAAAUGGGAAGUUCACCAUGCUGGUAUAUUUUUUGGUUUUAAAUAAUAAAAACUGAAAAAUAUUGCAGAAGUUGUGAUGAAAAUACCUUUUUUCAAAGUCAAUUCAUCCCUUUAAAGUUGUUUAUGCUUUGUCUGCAGGAAGCGUUACUGUGUAACUGGAACAAAGAGAUUAACACCUCCACAAAUCCAUAGAAUUUUAUUUUAAUGACAGGAUGUUGCAGUGACAAGUUAGGUUUAGUAUUCGCAGACAAUUGGAAAUCCUUGAUAUCAACAAAUAUUUCCUUCUCAAUUUCCUCAUCAGAGGCCCGUAACACAAAGCUUAGCAAUCAUCGUUGAUAUUUUUAACAAUUGAUUGCAUUGAUUACAAUGUAUAAUUAGUCGUAAAAAUCAUCCGUACGAUUAAUCGCUAACCUUUGUGUGACGGGACCCAGCACAACUGUCAUCAAAUUUGCAAACUCGUAAAAUAGGCCUUUAUGUAUUUUUUUUUCUAGGAAAGAAUGGAAUCUAAACAUCCCCAGUCUCUGCUUGAGAUCAUUUUAUAACCAAAAAAUAAAUGUUACUUUGAUAUUCGUGUUUGAUUAUUUUUAUGUUCGAGGAGGGGGAUUAUUUCUCUGACAACCCCAUAAAUUUGGUUUUUGCCGACUAUCAUAAUAACACGGCACAUGAUGAUGUGAUAUGUAUAUUUUCUUUCACUCCUCACACUUCUCUUGGAACCAAGUUUCCAAAAAUCAGAACCCCCCCCCUCAUGUCACAUCUAGCAAUUUUUGCUAUUGUAGGGUUGAGAAUUAUAAGAUUAUUUAAGGCUGAAAAAUAAUAAAGUUCCUUAGUUGUAGCUCGAGUCAAUCAAUCAUCAAACCAAAGGUGAAAUAAGUGAAACUAGGAGACGCAAAGAAAUUAAACUGAAGUUAAAGAAAUCUGGUGUCGUGUCUGUGCGAGUGUGUGUUUAUUAAUUAAAUCAAUCCAACCAAUGAAAUUAAAGGAAAUAGGAGAGCCCAACUAAAAUGUAGUAAUCCAAUUCAUAAUAUAAACCAAUGAAGAAUAAGAUGAAGGUGAUAAAAGAUGUCUGGGUGAUUAUGUAAUAAUGGAAGUAGAAACUAAGGAGUCAGGUGAGGGAUGGAAUGAGUGGAACACCUGAAUAGAGAAGGAAUGAAGAUGACAAAAGAGAAUCAGAGGAAAAGAAUCCAAUGUGGAGAAAAAUGAAUGAAAACUGAAUAUAUUUAAACUCAAUAACCUAAGCUCAGACUGCAAGGGCAGUGCUGAAAAGAAAUGCAAAUGAACUCAAGUCUAGAUGGAACAGAAAUGUAAAACAGCUGAAGAAAACAAGUUUACU